AUGCCUAGACAGUGCAGGAGAGGAAGANNUGAGUACCUGGUGAAAUGGAAGGGGUGGGCGAUCAAGUACAGCACUUGGGAGCCCGAGGAGAAUAUCCUGGAUUCGCGGCUCAUCGCAGCCUUCGAGCAGAAAGAGAGGGAGCGUGAGCUGUAUGGGCCUAAGAAGAGGGGACCCAAACCCAAAACUUUCCUCCUGAAGGCGCGGGCCCAGGCCGAGGCCCUCCGCAUCAGCGAUGUGCACUUCUCCGUCAAGCCGAGCGCCAGCGCCACUUCCCCCAAGCUGCACUCCAGCGCCGCCGUGCACCGGCUCAAGAAGGACAUCCGCCGCUGCCACCGCAUGUCCCGCCGCCCCCUCCCCCGCCCAGACCCCCAGGGGGGCAGCCCCGGCCUGCGCCCCCCCAUCUCGCCCUUCUCCGAGACGGUGCGCAUCAUCAAUCGUAAGGUGAAGCCCCGGGAGCCCAAGCGGAACCGCAUCAUCCUGAACCUGAAGGUGAUCGACAAGGCUCCCAGUGGAGGAGCUGCGGGCCAGGGGACCGGGACCCUCGCCCGCCCCAAAGUCCCCUCGAGAAACCGCGUCAUCGGCAAGAGCAAGAAGUUCAGCGACAGCAUCCUGCGCACCCAGAUCCGCCACAUGAAGUUCGGGGCCUUCGCGUUGUACAACAAGCCCCCACCAACCCCCUUGUCCACCCCACCCGCCGGCAAAGCCGACACUGCCACCCCGCAGGCGCCUGGGCUGCACCUGGCCGCCCCUGCAGCACCGUACGAUGCCCGCAGCUCCAGCUCCUCCGGCUGCCCCUCACCAGCACCGCAGUCCUCCUCUGACCCUGAUGACGUGCCCCCCAAGCUGCUCCCUGAGACCCUAAGCCCAUCGGCCCCCGACUGGCAUGAGCCUGAGGUGCUUGACCUGUCCCUUGCAGCCGAGCAGGCAGUCACCAGCAAGCGGGCGCCCCCUGACAUCACUCCUGCCCCCAGCCAGGCACUCCCGGCAGCCACCGAGCCCACGGGUGGCCCCUCUGAGCCUGAGGCCGGGGACUGGCGUCCCGAGAUGUCCCCCUGUUCCAACGUGGUCGUCACUGAUGUCACCAGCAACCUCCUGACGGUCACCAUCAAGGAAUUCUGCAACCCUGAGGAUUUUGAGAAGGUGGCCGCUGGGGUGGUGGGCGCCACCGGGGGAGGUGGUGGUAGUGUAGCCAGCAAGUGA